UAAGUUACAGGGUUCAAUGGAGUAUAAAUUGCACAUAUUUCAUCCAAGUUGGUUCAUUUACUCGACCCACCAUCUUCAAAAAUAACAUAAACCGGAGCAUGUUGGUUAUGGUGGCUAGACUGGUUUAAAACGAUCUGGUCUUAACAUCAAAACCGAGUUAAGAUCAGAUACAUACACACCAGACUAGCUACCCGACAAUUAAUUUCUUCCAUUAACAGUCUUUGAGCCAAAAUGGAAGGGAUCCGAUGUAAUCCAGUUAUUGUUCUAUAUUUCAUACUUGCUGCAAUUAUCCCAUCGUCGUCGACGUCGAUGUCUGAAAUUGCCGCCGUUGACAGGAGGUUGGUCGAUAAGAAAAAGAAUGGUUGCGUAGCCUACAACGCUAUCGACAAAUGCUGGAGGUGCGAUCCCAACUGGGCUAAGAACCGGAAACGCCUUGCUGAUUGCGCCAAAGGGUUUGGCCAUGGCACCUACGGCGGAAAAUUGGGGAGAAUUUAUGUUGUAAAUGACUGCUCCGAUAACGACAUGGUUAAUCCUAAGCCGGGAACCCUCCGCCACGCCGUCCUCCUGCCUGAACCACUCUGGAUCAUCUUCUCCGGUACUAUGAACAUCAAGCUCCGCCAGGAGCUUAUUUUUACUUGUGAUAAAACCAUCGAUGGCCGUGGUUUUGAAGUCCAUAUUUCCGGUGGGGCUGGGUUUAUGCUUCAAUUCGUUCGCAAUAUCAUUAUUCAUGGCGUCCACAUGUACGAUAUUGUCGAGAAAUCCGGUGGCAUGAUCAGAUCGGAGCCACACCACGUCGGUAUCCGUGGAAAAAGCGAUGGUGAUGCGAUUUCCAUCUUCAAAUCGUCACAGAUCUGGGUCGAUCACUGCUCCUUUGCAAACAGUUACGACGGGCUUAUCGAUAUCGUUGCAGCUUCCACCAAUAUUACCAUCUCCAACUGCCAUUUUGUCAAGCACGACAAGGCUUUGCUUUUUGGUGCAAGUGCUGAGAUGCCGGAGGACAAGAUAAUGAAGGUGACCCUUGCGUACAACCAUUUCGGAAAAGGAUUGACACAGAGGCUGCCGGCGGUGAGAUUUGGGUUCGUUCAUGUGGUCAACAACGACUACACACAAUGGAAGUCUUACGCCAUCGGAGGUGGCGACGGCGCCACCAUCAUCAGCCAGGGAAAUCGGUUCAUCGCCCCAGAUGGUGCGUGUAAGGAGGUGACGAACAGGAGGCAGGUUCCAGAAUCGGUAUGGCGUAAGUGGACAUGGAGAAGUGAAGGAGACUUGUUGCUGAACGGAGCAUAUUUCCGGGAGUCGGGAAACCCGCAUUGGGCUAAAACCUACAAGGGUCCGCCAUUGAUUCCGGCGCAACCGGCUGAGAGCGUGGCCAAACUCACCAAAUCUGUGGGUGCAAACCUUGGCUGCAAGGUGGGAGUCCCCUGCUAAGCUUUUGUAGAUAGCCAUGAUCACGUUAAUUUGUAAUUAAAGAGUAGGAAGGUUUAAUUAAGAAUGUAUACGAGUCACAAGUGUAAAGUUUACAUGUAAAUUUGAUUUUUGAUCUAAUAUAUAUAUUAGGAAAGCAUU